AUGUCGGACGUCGAACACCAACACAAUGAGUCGGUCGACGAGCCUUUGCACGAGGGACUCGACGUCCACGAUCUGCCUGAACACGACCCCGUUUCGGGCGAUGUGUCGGUAGAUGAAGCCGUGCCACCCAGCGACCGUACAUCCUCCGAAAAAGAGGGCGGUGAGGUCAUUGCCGAGGACGAGGCUGGCGAUGAUCCAGCCGGCUCCGAAGACGACACCAAGCACAGCGAACCAGCUGAGCCAGCGUCGGAGGCCAGCAGCCCAACGCCGCCCAAACCUUCUGCACCGUCCACCCCUUCUGCCGCAGCUACUCGUGUCGCUGUCGCCCCAAAGAAGGGCGCAGCGGCAUCGACGGCGGCUCGACGAGUUGUUGCAGGUGCACGGACCUCGGCAGCAGGCACCACUGCGACCAGAACAGCUCCUUCCGCAAGCGCAUCCGGAGCCGCACGUACCGGCGUCGCAGGACGUCUCAGCGUGACUGCUGCUCGAGGAGCGACAAUGACAACUGCGACCAGGCCUGGCGCUCCUGCCGCUCGCCCCAGCGUAGCAGGCCGAACAAGCUUGGCUCCAGGCGGCGCCGGUACUGUCACCACCACCACCACCGCCGCCGCACGACCAUCCGCAGCCGGGGCGACCAGUACAGCGACUCGACCCGCAGCUUCUGCAGCCUCUACAGCGGCAGCACGACGCGUUUCCACCGUGCCUCCAUCGCCUGCCCGCUCUACUGUAGGCGCGACCGGCGCUACGGGUGUUCGUAGGCCCGCAGGCGCGACUUCGACAACAGCUCCAUCGGCAACGACCACAGCCGUACGCAAACCGACUAGUACCGCGUCUGCUGCCGCACCUUCCACCAUAGCCGCUCGACGCCCUCCCGUCUCGGCGACGGCAGGUACCGCUGCUUCAUCGUUAGCAGCAAAGAGGGCCUCGGCUGCAGGAUCGAGCGCUUCCUCCGGCGGAGUGCCUGCUACCGCCACAGCCGCGGCUCGUCGCGCGUCCAUCACGAGCAACGGCACCAGUACCACCGGUACAGCCGUUCGCCCCGCGUCAGCCGCCCGAUCCAGCCUGGCCCCCUCCUCCACACGACCGGUCGCUGCGACGACGACUCCUUCCACGCCAGCCUCGGCUGCUGCCAGGAGGAGCCUGGCUCCCAGUGGAGUCCCUUCUUCCGCAGCUGUCAAGGACUUGCAGGACAAAGUGGCCAAGUUGGAGGCCGAGCUAGCCGAACAGAGCGAUCAGCUGGACUCACUUAAGUCGGACCUCGAGGCCAAGGACGAAGAGCUUCAAGUCAAGACUGUCGGCCUUUCUGCUGCCGAAGCCAAACUUGCCGAAGCAAAGGAGGCAGCAUCGAAGCCGGAGGACGGGACACACUCAGCCUCUUCUGACCGAGUCAAAGAGUUGGAAGCCGAGGUCGAACGACUUCAGGCGCAGCUUGGCUCCUCCGAUGAGCAGCACACCGAUCGAGCUACUCAGCAUGACGCCGUCAUCGCUGAGAAAGAGCAAGCCAUUGCAGAUGCACAGGGCAAGAUCGAACAACUUGAGGCUAAGUUGGCAGAGGCUCGUUCGGCUCUUGAAGACGCUUCCGCUGCCCGGGAUGCAAGCGCAAAGGAGAAGCAGACCGCCCAGUCUGAGGCGAUGGUGGCCCUUCAGGAGAAGCUCAGCGCGAGCCUCAAGCAGGUCGAAGAGCACCAACUAAACGCAAAGCAAGCGUCCGACGAGGCUCAGGCUUCCCAGAAGACUGUUACCGAGCUAAAGCAACGCAUUCAGCAGUUGACUCUGGACCACGAGCAAAAGGUAGCCGCUGGCGACGAGCAAGCGACCAAGCAGCUCGCAGAGCAGCGCCAGGCUCAAGAGUCUGCGGUCAAGGAGGCCAACGACAAGGAAGCAGCCUUGCUGUCCCAGAAUGAAAAGUUGCAAGCUGAGCUCGAAGGUCUGCAAUCACAGCUCGUGGGACUUCAGAACAAGAUCAAGGAAGCUAGCGCGGCUGGCGAGCAUGGCGCCUCAACCUUGGCUGACAAGGAAGCGGAGCUGGCCGCUCUAAAGCAGAGCCACGAAGAUUUGCAAAAGAAGGCCGCUGACUUGGACGGUCUCCAGGAGAGCCAUGGAGACCUACAGAGACAGGCAGCUGAGCUUGCUGCCGUCCAGAAACGUAACGCAGAGCUCGAGAAGCAGGUCUCUGCGCUUGCUGAGCUCGAGCAGCGCAACAAGGACCUUCAAGGCCAAAUGGAAGCCAACUCUUCCGCCUUCGAGGUCAGACUCGCUGAAGCGGUUGCUGCCGCUGAAUCGGCCGCUCUUGCAAAGGCACAACACUCACAUCAACAAGAUCAAGCCUCUGCCGACACAAAGCACAGCGAAGCGCUCGCGCAGGCGGUCGAAAAGGCUCGAACGGAAGCGGAGCAGAAGCACACAGCUGUGCUGGAGGACGCUGUCAACAGUGCUCGUCGCGAGCUGUCGGUGGAACAUGCCAAGAGCCUCGAACGUGCCCUCGAGGAAGCCCAAGCCAAGCACGACAAGCAGAAGGCAAGCGAGCUUGAUGCUACUCGACGCGAUGCCGAGGAGCAGCUUCGCAAGACACUGCAAAAGGAGCACCAGGCCGCCUUGCAAGAGAUGCGGGCUGCAGAUGCUUCCCGUCACGCUGAGGAGCUGUCGAAGCUGGCUGCUGCCCACGAAACAACGCUAUUGCAGGUCCGGGAAGAGCACGCCUCGGAGCUGUCAUCUCAGAACGGCGCUGCCGAGGAGCAUCUGAAAGAGGUGCAAAAGACCUUGGAGCAGGUCAAGGCCGAGCUUGCGUCUCAGGAGGCCAAAUAUGCUGCCCAGGUCGCCGAGGUCAAAUCCGAGCACGAUCAAAAACUGAUGGACGCGUUUGAAAAGGCACGCGCCGAAGCGGGAGACAACCAUUCGACGGAUCUCCAGAGCCUCAAAGAGCAGUCCGCUAAGACGGCGGAACAGCUGCGGAAGUCGCACGCCAGCGAGCUCGAGGCGCAGCAGGCUACGCAUGCUGCCGUCCUGUCGGAGGCGGCCGAACGACACUCGGGCGAGCUGAAGCGUGUGCAGCUGGAGCUCACAGCCGCUCAGAGCGACUUGAAGAAGAUCAAGGACGCGCUUGCGCAGCUGCAGACGGAAAAGGAAGCCGGAGACACUCGCAUCCGCACGCUCGAGGCCGAGGUGGCUUCUGCCUCCGACCAGGCCAAGCAGGCCGCCUCCGAUUCGGCAGCAGCCAGCUCUUCUGAGGCUUCGGCGCUGCGAAAACAGGUCGAGCAGCUGGAGCAGGAGCUUGCCGAAACUCGCAACGCUCACAACCAGUCGCAGACCGCCUUUGUCGAGCAGUUCGAGGCCAUCUCAAACCAGCACGAAGCCGACAAGCAGGCUCUCGUUCAGAAGCACGUCGACGAGGUGAACCAACUCACCGAAAAGCACGAAGAGGCGCUCGUGCCGUUCAGAGAGAAGGGUCUCCAGGAUCUAGAGAAGCUCAUGGAUCUGCAGGACAAGCUGGACGAGGCCGAACGUGCUCGCGAUGCGGCCAGCAAGGAGCUGGCUCUGAUGGCGUCCAAGGCCGCAGCUGCUCCGACGACGGCCUCGAACCUCCUCGAUGGGCAGGGCAAGGAGAACCAAGAGAUGAGCGAUCUCGAGCGACUUCACGCUGCACACACCGAGAAGGUGGCUCUUCUCUCGAACCAGCACCACGAGCAGCUCGAGCAGCUCCUCGCUGAACGUCGAUCCGAGCGCGACGAGCUCGAAACCGUCCGUCGCGAUCUGCAAAACGCCAAGCGAGAAGUCGAGUUCCUCACACAGGAUCAGGAAGAUGUUGACAAGCUCAAGAAGGAGGUCGAGCGAUUGGAAGACAAGCUGCAUCACGCGCUCUCCACCCCGGCCUCCGCGUGA